CCUAUAGUUUGUAUGGCGUGAAAAAGCCUGGGAUCAUGUAUAAUAAAGAAAAUGCAUUCCAAUAUUACUUAACACCAUAGUCUGAGGUAGGGGUAAGGUUUGCGUACACUUUAUCCUCCCCAUUCCUCACUUUGUGGGAUUACACGGGGUAUGUUGUUGUUGUAUGUGAAUCAAAGAAGAGAUUCUUGGGUAACCUAUUGAGGAUGUCCAUAAGUAUUUCCUCUUGGAAGUGAGUUGCAUGGGCUAGAUAGAAAAGAAAAUGUGAUCAUACAAUUUUUUAAGGUAUUCAAAUAUGAAACAAUUUCAUCUAAGAGUUUAGAAAAGAUAAAUCUAGAAAAUUUCACGAUUUCAUCAAACUACUAGCACGCUUGCGGCUUACCGAGGAUAUGACACUAGCUAGGAAGAUACGGAGGAUGGAGAUUAGGGUAGAAGGUUAGUAGGUAGUUGAGCGUUGUGUAGUUACUUAUCCGUGUUGUUAUUAUUACUUUCCUACUACCGUAUUCUUUGACUUUAGUAUUACCUAUGUUUUCUUUGCUUCUGCUUUCAUAUUAUUUGUUGUUGCUAUUGUUCUCUUCUUCAUUGUUUUCGGCAUGACUUCUCUGCUGAUGUAUUUGCUUUACAUAUUUGAUUUUGUUAUGCUUUACUUGAGCUGAGGAUCUAUCGGAAACAACCUAUCUACCUUCACAAGGUAGGGGCAAGGCAGCGUGAACACCACCCUCCUCCCUAGACCCACAUGUGGGAUUACACCGGUUUGCUCAAAAGGAAUCUUACUGUGAUAUGGCAAAGAAUCGUAAAUUGCAAGAUAUAAUAAAAAGGUCAUUUAUCAAACAGUUGUCCCUGCAAAAUUUCUCCUUUGUGUCAUGAUAAUUUAUUAUUCGCAUCGUAAAAUCAUUCGCAUUGCAAUGCUCUUCUUUUUUACAAUAAAAAGAAGUUUUCCAAUUUAUAAUACUCUAAGGGGUCGUUUGGUUGGGAACAAGUUAUUAUAGGAUUAAUUAUUCCACCAUGUAUAUGGGAUAACUUAUCCCAUCACUAAGGUUUAAAUGGUGGAAUAAAUAAUUCCAAGACUGCCUAAUACCUCCAACCAAACACCGGAUAAAAUAAUCCUACAUUUUAUCCCUGGGAUUAUUAUACCUUUUACUUCAUGCCAAACGACGCCUAACUAUCUAAUAUUUGCGUUAGUUAGACCCUUUAAUUAAUAAUUGUGUUGCAUAAAUUGUGAUAAUGAAUGAACAAAACUAAAGCUUUUUUUCAAUAGAAAAAGAAAUCCUAGAAAACAAGAUUGUGCAUCCGAUCAUCAAGCGGCGCAGGUACACUCUUUCCUUUUAUCCCACCUGAUGUUUCAAUUGAUUUUUUUCAAGCAGUUGCAGCUCGAUGAUAGUACCUGAUUAGCAAGAAAUCCCUACUCUCCUUCAAUAAGCCCUUUCUUUUGCAGAUAAUUUUUUUUUGAGUCUCUUCAAUCAAUACUUAGCAAUUGAGAAACCAGUAAUCGCUCCAAAGAAAGAUGACACGAAAAAUUAAGAAUGAACGAAAAUUAGCAGAUAGUAGUUAUGCUCCAGAGAUACAAAAACAGAAGAAGAAGUCCAUUGCAACUCCAAAGUUAGAGGUUGAUCUUUUCAAUCAAAUUCUUAUUAGCAAUGGAAUUGAUGCAAUCCAAAAGUUUAAUCAGAUCUCCAAAGGGAAGAGCGUUGUGGAGCCAUCAAAUGAUAACACAGACCAGAUGGAUGUUGAUGCCAUGGCAGUUCACUUCCCAGAGGUAAUACUUAUGGACAUCCUUAGCAGGUUACCUGUGCAGUCUCUACUUCGAUUCAAAUGUGUGUCAAAAUUUUGGGAAACGUUGAUCUCCGAGCCAUACUUUAAGAUGAAGCAUCUCAGUCGUGCCAAGAAUGAUCAAGAUUCUCAAAAACUUCUUACUAGCCUAAGGUGCCGUAAGAAUGGUAUAUGUUCCAUGUAUUGUUGUCCUUUGUCGCCGGUUCAGCUGGUUGAGGAUGUACAAAAACUCGAUUUCCCUUCAAACCCUACACCAUUGCAAUGCACAAUCCAUUGUUGUUAUGAUGGCUUGGCUGUUAUGGAGGUUCCUGAUAAUUUGAAUGAACACUCCACAUUUUUUCUGUGGAACCCCUCCACAAGAGAAUCAAUUGUACUUCCUUCUCCAGAAUUUCCACUGGACAAAAGUCCUUGUUUUGGUUUGGGUUAUGACUCAACCAGUGGUGAGUAUAGGAUUGUUCAGAUUUAUCAGGGUUUCGAUUUACCUUGUGAAAUUCUUGCACUGAAAGGUGGCUCUUGGAGAAGAAGUGAUAAGCAUCCUCAUGGCAUUUACUCUCUGAUGUUUGCUGUGCAGUUUUUGACAUUUGUACAUGCGGCAUUUCAUUGGAUUGGUAUUUCACGAAAUUAUGCUGUGGUGGUUUCGUUUAGUAUUUCAAAUGAAGUGUACGGAGAGAUUCCCUUACAGGAGGAAAUUUCAGUCUCGAGGGAUGUUUUUGGCAUUACAGUGUUGGAUGGAAUGCUUUGUGUUCAUUCUAAUUCUCUUUAUGAUCAGAGUUUGCGGAUGGUGAAGUGCUAUUCAGGUGCGGUGUUGGGGGUUGAUUAAGGACACGUAGUGGACCAUUUGGAGCAUGGCCUCAAUGUGAUAUCAUAUUAGAUGCACAUGCUUUUACAGAAAGCUUGAUUUCUCCAAGAUCACUUACAUAUUAGUUUCUUAUGUAUGAUUGAGACACUCUUUUUCUUCUUUUCUUGUUAUGUUACAACUCUCGUAUUCUUCUUAGUUUAUCACCAGUAUUGGAGUACAAUGUCAUCUUUAGCUGGCAGGUCUGGGGGACAUGAAAUUAAUACCAGCAGAUAUCUUGGAGAAAGAAGUGUUCGUCUAUCCAUCAUGUGGAGUAGUUGGCUUGAAAGAAACCAGAGAUGUUUUGGAGAAAUGAAACAUGUAUAUCUUUUGUUAACUCUUAGGUGUCUACAGAAAGAAUCUAUACGCAUUGUGUAAGGAACAGAGGUUUCCUCAGCUUGUUGAAUGUGAGAAAUUGACAAGAGUGCAUUGCUUCUGUUAUCAUCAGGAAUGACAUUUGUUUUUCCAA